GACAGGGAGAAGCAGCUGGGAAGAGGAAUUAAAAGCCCACUCCCCUACCGGCCUUCGGCCUUCGCCGCCGUUCCUUUUCCUCUCUCUCCCUCUCUCUCCCCUCCUCAGUAUCCUCUGGUGAGAGGCAAGGCAGGCACAGUGCUGCCCUCGUCCGUUCUGGUCCUCAUCCAUUGGUUCGCAGCUUCUCUCAGGGCAGUGCUGCAAAUCCUGUCACCUCCCUGCCUCCCGCCCAGGACAGAAGGCGCUGGGAGCCCAGGCUGGCUCCAGCUCAGGCAGGAGCGCAGCGGUGGGAGCGCAGUAGGACAGGCUCGCAACGCACCAGGCAUCUAGACAAGGGACUGGAGAAGCGGCGGAUCCGUGAGCACCCCGAGUCCAGCGCAGAGCCCCACAGAGUUGCUGCUGCAUUCAUCUACACCCUUUGCAGCUGCUGCAGCCCAGGAGUGCUCCGGAGCUCACCCCAGCUGAAGAGCGACUGAAAAACGGCGAGAUGGGCCAGGGGCUCGGAACUCUGUCCUGGUAGCAACAACCAGAAGCGGGAACGCCCGAGGUGCAGGGGUUGCCGCGGCUAAACAUCUGGAGCAGCGGACGUCCCCCUCUCCCACGCCCGGGGGGUCUCAGUGACCUAGCCGCCUGCUGGGCACCGAUUCUUCCUCAGGUGCGUGUAGCGGGGCAGGAGGGGAAUGCCAUGGAGGCGCUGAGCAGCGCCAGUCUGCCGCAGAAGUGAGGUGGUCCUGCCGGGGUUGGCGGGACUCGUGGAUCAUGUACGGCGACGUGUUCAACGCCACCAGCGGCCCGGAGGUGGCGGGAAGCGGCGCGCUGGCCCCGGGAGCCACCGUUAAGGCAGAGGGUGCUUUGCCUCUGGAGCUGGCCACUGCGCGUGGAGUUCGGGACGGCUCGGCCACCAAGCCUGACCUGCCCACCUACCUGCUGCUCUUCUUCCUCCUGCUGCUGUCAGUGGCUCUUGUCGUCCUCUUCAUCGGCUGCCAGCUGCGCCACUCGGCCUUUGCUGCGCUGCCCCACGACCGCUCGCUGCGCGAUGCCCGUGCGCCCUGGAAGACGCGGCCAGUAUAGAGAGGACUGAGUCAGGGCCUCUAGGCGCUUGGUCUUGGCCUCGCAGAGCCUCCAGCAGAAGCAGGGCAGGGUAGGCUCCAGAGUCGCUGGCCCCUGGAACACUUCGCCUGGACCUAAAGACCCUUUCGGACCUGAAGAAAUAAGGGAUGGCGGGAGAGCCGUUAAGAGGUCGUGUGUGGUCCUGGUCCAGGUGACUGAAAGUACUCCCCAGGCGAGUGGCGCCUCCAUCCCAUAUAGCGGGCCCUGCCAGGAAACCAUCCAAAAAGAGGAGUCCCCACCCGGACGUAGGAGCCUGGCCUGCCUGGUGAGUUCCUGACUUUGCUCGCAGAGGGGCAGCAGGCACCGCGAGUGAGCGCGGGACUAUCCAGGAGCUGCCUGUCCGAACUGGACUUCCCGGCCCUAUGGCCGGCUCCCCGCAGCAGCUACCAACCCUCUUGCUCUUUGACCCUGGGGAUCCGAUAGAGAAAUGAUGCAAGGUUUCAUUGUGUCCAGCUCAGGUUCAAGUACCCAGUUUCCUUUAAGAGCAAGGGCCAAGGGGCCCAGUGGAGGGGGAAAUGGUCACAGCUGCAGGGUGCUGCGACGGAGAGUCUGCACCUCAUGCCACCACGGACCAUAUUUCUACAAUAAAAACUCAUCAAAUUAAUUAAACCCAGCGCUGAGAACACUGAUCAUUGGUCACACCAUUUUGGAAAGGGAAGAUGAGCGGGUCCAUCCCCAGCAGGCAUAGACCCAAGGCAGUCCCUCAUUUCCUGCAAGGGCCAGGUUGGUAUGAGCAUAUGGCCUCCUCUCUGGUUUUCCCCAGCAUUUUACUUGCUCUGGAAAGUGUUUGUUUUAUUUCUUGUUUUCUGGCAGACUCCAGGGAUAACUCCCAUCUGAUCUGCUGAAUAAAUUCCUGCUCACAGGACCCCAUGGAGACCCUCUCUGUGAAGCAGGUCCUUCCCUCACACCUUUGCUCUCAGAAUUUUGGGGGGCCUGAAGCUCCUGAAGCCAGGGGUUGGUGAAGGUAGGUCCUGAAGGUGGGGAGACAGCACUUCCUCCCAAGCAGACAGAAGCCAAUCCUGAGAACCCCACAGAAACCAGUGCAUGGGGGUGAGGACAAAGAAUCAGAGGGUGAGGAGCUAGGUCCAUGACAACCUUGGCUAUUUGCAAAGUUUGCCUAAUUCCAGGGAGGUGGUUUGUUUUUGACCCAGGGUCUCACAGCCCUGGCUGGCUUGCAACUCACCGGAGGUCUACCUGCCUCUGCCUCUUGAGAGCUGUGAUUAAAGGCAUGGGCUACCAUGGCAGGCCAGGAAGUUAUUUUAAUGGGCAGGUAAACUACUUCCAGGAGCCACUUGGCUUAAAGAAGUUCACUUCACUUGAGCUUCAGAGAUGUUUUUUACUGAGGAAGAAUUAGACAUGUUAAUCCAGUUAAUUCUAAACCAUGCUGGAGUCAUGGGAGCUUUGAGAAUCUGAAGCAGGAAAGCACAUUAACCCAAAUGCAUAGAGAAUUCUGCAACAUUUAUAGGGAUUUCAGACAUGUUCUGAUGGCCAAACAGGAGGCUCUGGGAGACUAAGCAGGGCUCUCCACCACGCCUCCUACGCCUAUCCUAGGAAGCUGGGGAGGUAGCAGGAGGAACUAGGAAAGCAGCAUGGUUACUCACAGCCAGGAUCUAGAGCUCCCUACUCCAAGAUAUCCUCACAGCAUUUUAGAUUAUUAUUUGGAAAUGGAGCCAAACAUCUCCAAGCCUUCUGUAAGAAUAGUCCAGCUAAUCCACAUGCAACUUGGUUGCAGAGGAGACUCUGUGAGCAUAGAUAUGUAAACCACAAGCCCCUAGCUGGCAUACCAAAAUCAUGGGCAUGGGGCUGGGGACUGGGAGGAGUAGGGAUGGUAUGUAGGAGCAGGACAUUCCUCUACUGCAUCCCAGUGGUCAGCUUUGAAGGUCGGUGUGCUGAGUCAGAGUCCACACUCCAUUUUGACCCUCUGGUUUCAUGUGCCAACUUGUCUCUCAAAAGCCAUAUGAUCUUGUAUGAACUAUUUAACCUAUGUCCUGUGGUCUCUUCUGUGAAAUGGGUAUGGUAUCACUUAGCUCUUCCAGGUAGCAUACUAAACCAAUGUAACAGCCUGAACAAUGCUUGCACAAAAUGAGUUAUCAAAUGUUAACUAUUCUUAAAUUGAGAUAGACUUGAGGCCAUGCUGCUGAGUGGGAGAAGCUGACUCCCAGACAGGGUGUGCUCACCAGACUUCUGUGGCCACAAGAAAAAGCAAUGGCUGGCCCCCUCAGAAGAGCAUGACUGAGUAACAGGCUACAAAGUUAGUUACCUGUGGUUCCUGGACCACUAUCAGAUCACCACAGUGAUCCAGUACCAUUGGGAUCCCUUCAUAAAAUAUUGAGCACAGUGACACAUCUCUGUCUCCAGAACAUUGCAGUGGCUACUUUCAAUAGAUGUUUCUGGAAUACAUUCUCAGAUAAUUGGGCCUACAUGGAGCUGGAAUCUAGAAAGAAAGCCGAGUCGGAAAGAGCGGCGUGUGCCAGCACUGCUAUUCUGAAUAACUCCAUCCCAUUUCCUAGUGUAGUGGUGGGCUAACUGAGCAGUAAUGUUUGUUCCUUAUGUUGGACUGGGAUUCUCCAGGAGCAGCAGGAUGUGGCUGAGUUCCUAUCUGUUCUCUGCUAAUAUGCAAGCAAGUGGUCUAUAAUGUGAUGACUACAAUUUAGUAUUGUGGACUGAGUGAUAUUUAUGUUCUCCCCAAAGUCAUUAUGUUGAGGUCCUGAUUCCCAGAAUGGCUGCAUUUACAGGGAAUUGGAGUUUCAUGAAGACAUGGAUGAAGCCCUCAUCCAUCUCUCGUUCCCUGUAGCUGAGGCUAUGUGAGCACAUACAGAGAUGCUGGCCAUCUACAAACCCUCAUCAGAAACCAACUUAACCAGAAUCUUGAAACUGGACUUCUAGCUUCCAGAACUAUGGGAAAAUAAAUUCUUGUUGUUUAUUCUA